AUGACGGAGUCGACUUUUCGUUUGGAUUCAUCUCGAAGUGAUACCAAUUUUACGUUAUCUUGUGAAAGUGUUCUUGCAGAAUGGACUCGUCCUGAUCAAGCAACAAUUGAUUGGAUUCUCAAACAUGACACUCAUGACAAAGCAGAAAUUGUUUUACUUGAUGGACGAAAAUUUCUAUGGUAUUUUGCUAUUGGUAGUAUGAUAAAUCCUAUUUCACUUUUUCUUCGUGAUUUGGUACCCUUAAUUUCUUAUCCAGCCAAAUGUCCGAAUCAUAAAAUUGGUUUUCGAGCACCACGCGGAAUGGCUGAUAUUGAGACUUGUGCUGAAGCUGAGUUUCAUGGGGUUGUUCAUCUUCUUUCUGAUGAACAAAUGAGUCGUUUAGAUUUAUUAGAGUCCACGUAUCAUCGAAUUGUUGUUAAUUCAAUAAAUUAUCAAGAACAACCUCAUCUUGUUUAUGUUUAUAAAAUGAAUAUAGAUAAUCAAUCAAGCAUUCUUCCAAGUGAACGUUAUUUAGACAUUAUAAUAAAAGGAUGCGAAUAUUAUAAAGUUCAACCGGAAUAUAUAAAUCGAUUAAAAUAUGAACAAGCAGUGAUUCCUCGAAAACAACCUCAUACAUUUCAGUCAAUUAGAGAUGUUCCUGAGGGUGUAUUUUAUUCUAUAGAAGAACUUUCACGGCAUGAUGGAAACGAUCCUGUACUACCAUUAUGGGUGAGUAUCAAUGGAAAAAUCUUAGAAUAUAGUGGACUACCACCAGUUGAUCAUCCAGAUUAUGAACGUCGAAAACAGUUUUAUUCCUUUAUUCAAUCACAACUGGGUGGACAUGAAAUCGCGUAUAUCCUGGCUAAAAAUUUUUAUGAACCAUUGUAUAAAAUACCAUUAAAUGAGAAUGACUUGUGUGUACAACAUCGGGCACAUAUUGAAGAUGAGUUCUAUUGUAGAAUUCAUAAUGAUCAACGUACUGCUUGGAAACCAAUAGGACGCCUUCGUAUGUCAAAUAGCUCAUUAUAG